AUGGUGAAGGUAUUUUUUGAUAUUGCAAAACAAGUCGCAAGAAAGGUUGCCUCCAAACUGACAAGAAAAGUUGCUACAAAGGCAGCAACAAAAGCCACUGAAAAAGGUGCAGAACCUGUUGGAAGCAAAACAGGCCAGCUAAUUGGAGAGAACAUUUAUGCAAGUUCAAUCCUCCCAAACAACCAAAACGCUAGAGACAGGACACAAGAGAUGUUAAACAGCACAAACAAGACACUGGUUUUUACAUCAGUCCCCAAGAGGAUAAAGGAGAAGAAAUCAUCAAAUUUUUGCCAACACAAACGGAGAACAACACAAUGACACAAUUAAAAGAGCCCCAAAAUAAACAUUUCUGCUGUCACAAGAGUUUGAUAAAUUGAUUAACCUGUAAAUUAUAUGUACACUUAUUAUACACACGAUUUUUAGAUCUUCAGAAAUUUGUAAGAGAUAUGAAUGGUUCCAUUGAUUUACAAAAUCCGAUAAAAAUACCUGCAAAUGGUCAAUCUCAGGAAAGGUGGCUGAUUUAAACCAACAUACAAUGAGACAAGUUGAACAUGUUCGAAAUAAUGCGAAUUAUGCUUGUGAAGCACAUGAUAUUGUUGAUGGUGUCCAUGCAAAUUAUACUGAAGGAUUUGUGAAGAGAAAGGCGGUUCUCUCUACUGGUGCUGAUGCAAGCAUUAAUGUGAUCUUAACACUUAAUGGAUUUGGUUUUUUCAAUCAUUUUUUUGAUCAAACGGUACCAAACGGUAAAGUAAGUUUUGAUGUGAAUUUUGAAUUUAAUGCCAACCUCCUUUUGGCAGCAACCGGUCUUAAUGUGGGCAGAUAUAUUGUCACAAGAUUCGUUUUAUGGGUGCCUAAAAUGAUUCUCAAAGCAUUGGGUGAACAGAUGCUUCUUGAUUAGUAUUUGAAACCUCAUACGUGGUCAUAUCUCAAAGAGAGAAUCGAGAUUUCGCUAAGCACACAGCAAAGACGGGGAAGUUUUAAACUUAAAGGCAGAAUCAGUUAACCAAGGCAUGUAUUCAUUUGGGCUCUUAAUAAUAAUAAAUCGAAUAAACAUGAACAAAACAUGUUACUGUUCAAUACUUACAACAUUGCCAACGAUCAAACAAUCACAUCUGCUCAACUUGAAAUGUCAAAUGGUGUCUUAUAUCCACAAGAAAGAAUGAAUCCAACGUUUGAAAUAGUCAAAACAUACAGAACAUUGAUGUCAUUUUCAAAAGGAUUCAAUGAUUAUCUCUCAGGACCCACCAUAAGUCUUAGGUCUUUUCAGGAUCUGUAUAGAAUUCUGUAUUUCGAUUUGACAAACCAAGAAGAGGAACUCAAAGUGGAUCAACCAAGCUUGAACUCAAAUAUACUCUGUCUGGUGGUCCAAAUGCUGGAUUUAGUUCGUAUGCUCUUAUUUUGCAUGAGGAAGAUAUCAGAGUUGAGGUUGAAUGGAAAAGCUGUUCUCAAAGCUUAAAUUGUUUAAUAAUUUUCAUUCAUUUUCCAUUAAGAAGAAUCAAGUAUGUUUCAUGAUCAUUGAAAUUUAUGUAACAUGUUAUAUACAAAUUAUGACUCAAUAUCAUUCACAUGGUGUCACUUUGAGUGAUAAUCAGAAAGCAAAAUUAGCAACAACGUUCAAAGAUAAAUCAUCUAUUACUCUGCGACUAUCAAAUCAUGAACUGCGUAGAAAUGAUGAAUUGAUGCUAACAAAGACACAGCUCAAAAAGUUUCAGAAAGCAAUUGCAUCUGGUGUAAGUGUUGGUGUCAAGUUAUCAAAGGCAUAG